AUGUCUUCCGAUGAUGUUCCACACUUCUCCCAGCACAAACCCUCGUCAACUAGUUUCGCAGAUGUCCUCAAAACUCUAGCUGUCGGUCGAUCCAAAUCGCAUUCCCCAGUCUCAUUACAGGAAAGCAGCAGCGACUCACUGUCUUACACUGAUACCUCCGGAACAAACCGGCGUGCGCACGGAUCCGAAUCAAUGAAUCGUGCCAGUUUCAUGUCGAGUUCCUCGGACACUCCCAGUGGCCUGGAUUUCGAGACCUCACUCCACAAUCUAUCGCAAAAGCAAAACCUAACGCAGGCGAUUGAAGAAGCGGAGGGUUUGUCAAAAGGUCUAUCAUGGUUCACCUCCGAGCAGUCCGUGGUGCUUUGGGAGGCUGCCGAGUACCUAUUGCGUCAUGAAAGCUCGCUGGAUGCUCAGCAAAGCGGUGCCAGAUUAUUAGAAGCGAUUGCAGCCCGUCAAGAUCUGUCUCCAUCCGCCAGGCGCCUAGUUUUCGAAUCGAUCACUUCUCCAGCCGAGCCGGAUGUGAUUGCUGCGCGCGUACAUUCGUUGAUCUCCCUAUCAGAUCAUGGCAGGAAAUUGGAUUUCGCAGGUUCCUCAAUUCUCCAUAUCAUCUCCUCGUGGAUUGUUCCAUUCUAUGAAACGAUUGCAUCCGCACGAUCAAAGGCGAAAAAGGCAAAAUCUGUCAAACCACACGGGCCCAAUCACGACGAAGCAGUCUUUGGAGAUCUCUUCCAAUUCGCGGUCGACCUGAUCACUUUGCAACGAAGCCAGCCAACCCAGGAGGAAAUCGAAAUGCUUCUCACGGAAAUCUUUACCGUUUGCAGGAGAACCAGUGUCGCGGCGGAUAUCAAGAACUCUUUGGCUGUGUUCGACGCUGUCAUUAUGUAUGCCGAUGUGCCUGACAUAAGCUUCCCAAUUCUCCUGGAAGUCCUUUGCAGCAUCCAUGCAUCAGUUAAACCCCUCUCUGGGCCCACCUCACGAGCAGUGCGCAGUCUAGCGAAAUCACGAAGACAGGAGGAGAUGGUAAACACACUCCAUGAAUUCCUGGGAGAUUCGUGCGCCGCUGAACAAAGUCGGAACUUGAAUGUUCUCCGUGGUACACUUUAUGUGUUCUCGGAUUUUGUUCGUGCUCAUGGCCAAGAUGGCAUGCCCCAGCUUUCCUUCGAUCAACUCAUGGAAUCAUUGCAAGUCAUUGCUCAAAAAGACGAUAGCAGGGUGGAUGCCGACCUGUUAGAUCUUUGUCUCAACAUUCUGGAAGGGGACUAUAUUGGAGUCGCAUUAGAACAGGAUUGGACGGGAUUUGCCAAUCUUCUCAUACUCUGUUCUCGCCGACUCGUGGACGAGUCAGCGCCAUCCACCACUUCUGCGACUAGCCCUCGGCUCAAACCUACGUACGACGAAACCAAAUCCUACAUUCUGGUAAAUCUCAUCCGCAUUGCUUCUGUGCUCGAAUCUCAGUGGGAACAACUCAACAGAGAGCAAAAGCAACAUGCGGUCCGGUUCCUCAUGAAGAUAUACCAGCACAUUGAGCCUCCACAGGCUGAACUCAUCAUCCAUUCCAUGAGAGAAGACAAGCUUUGCCAUCCUUCCACCGACUCAAAUUGGGCUCAGCAUUGUCGUGAACUAGUUGAGUGUUUCGUUCAACCACGGAAACAAAGCUCGGACAUACGUAUCCUGGCUUUGGACACAUUGAAAGAAGGUCUUUCCGGCCAUGAGGAUUUACUUUUCGUCCAGGAGCACGGUCUACUCGGGCUUCUAUUGAAGGAUUUUUCGGCAGAACAUGAUCUUCUCUUCUUGGAGUCCCUGGUGUCUUUGUUGACCGGCCCGGCGACACAGUACAGUGAUGAUGACGCGUUCAAGUUGCUGAUAAACACCAUCGCAGCACCGAUGCAGACGGAUCUCCAUCAAGAAGAACCGCGCGAGAAUCCUCUGAACAAUGGAUCUCAACGCCGUACAUCCACCACGAGUGUCUUGGAGUUAAGCUUGACAAACGUCUGUGCCGUGGGCCUCGUGAAGAUGAUGCUGCGUGCCUUGAACCUCUCCCCAACCAAAGCUGUUAUGGUUUUCGAGGCACUUCUAGACAUUGCUCAAUCUCCAAGUCGACCAAUAGACUCUCGUUUGACGGUCUUGAAACUACUUUUUCGAUUACGAUGUGACUCAGCUGGGUCUGUCACAGUCAUAUCAACCUCCGAGAGUGACUUUUUGAUGAAUGUGCUGGGUCGCAAUCUUGAUGGUGGCUCUAAGCUACAGGUCCCCGGCGACAGCCCCACCUGCGAGAUUCCUCAGAAUGAUAACUCACCAAUCUCGCCAGUCGGAAAGCUUCCAAUGAGAGAGUCUGUGUCAACCGCCAUGUCGAAGUCGGCCCCGGGGCGUGGCUCUAGCUCUGCCCGUGGCUCAAAGUUGACGGCGCCAGUGUGGACAUAUGCUUUGCCACAAGUGCUUCCGGAGCAACCACCUGGGGAGUCUAGUCCUGUCGUAUUUGCUUACGCUCACCCGGAGGACUCUACCCCCGAAUCAGAAACAAUAGAAACAAAAACCAAGGGGGUGUUGAAGGUCAAGAUGUGGCUCGAAGUUGUGAUCACCUUGUUGCAGCGAGAAACCGACUGGGAUGUUUACAGCUACAUUCUUACUCAUAUCGGUCCCCAGCUUGGUAACAAAGACUUUUUCAGAGAUGCUAUCCCUCAGAUCACGCUCCUUCGCAGCAUUCUGUGUGAUCAGGUCAAGAAUGAAACCUUCCACGAGCCUCCCGAGACUACCGGAUUGAAAAAGAGCGAUGUGGCUGCCUGCAUCUUCGAUGCGCUUUGCAUGCUUGUCAGCUAUCACGAACACUUUGCCAAGAGUGAAGAGGAUGAUCUCGUCCGAGCUUUCAUGCAAGGUAUCAUCGGGUCAUGGGGCGGCACAUCCCGUGGGUGUAUUCAAGCACUGUCACUCUGUUGUUAUGAAAUCCCAAUGUCGGUGACGAAAUCAUUGAACAGCAUCCUUGAUAGGAUGUCAAAGGUGAUCACCAUGUCAAACAUUGCCGUCCAUAUUUUGGAGUUCCUGGCUCUGCUUGCACGAUUGCCCGAUGUUUACGUCAACCUGCGUGAGGAAGAGAUCCGCACUGUGUUCGGUAUCUGCAUUCGAUUCUUACAGACCUCUCGAGAGCAUCGGUACAAAGCCUCUGAAUUGGCCGCAAGGGCCGCUCUGUCAAACCAAUCUUCCCAGACUAAGCCAAAGGAAACUGCCGCCCAUGCAAAUGAAGCUGUCGAGACCUCCCAAGACGGAAUGUCGAAAUAUAUCUCGAAUCUGACCUACCAUGUCAUGGUCUUCUGGUUCUUGUCUCUGAAGCUCCAGGAUCGACCCAAACAUGUGAAUUGGAUCACCAGCAGACUCAUAUAUCACGACGAACAUGGAAAAGAGGUAGUAGAAGAACAAAGCCAAGUUUUCAUUGAUUUGAUGCAGCGAGUUGCUUAUUCGGAUCUCGGAGAGACUAUCCCCUUCGAAACCUUCCCUCCUUCCCCUGAGGAUGGCCCGGUUGCAAAGAAGUCCUGGGUUGUCGGCAUGAGUAUCGUCACUGUCGAGAGCGCCGGAUUGUCUGGAUUGUCUCAGGUAACCAAGCGCCAGGCAUCUGGUACCACAUAUUCUGUCUAUCAACAACGGACGGCCCCAGUUCUGCCGCAUCAAGUUCCUGCGACUCCAGAUGCCCAUUUACAUUCCGACUCCAUGCGGACAGCAGUCCUUCCGAGUCAUAUCAUGCUUCAGUUGACUGCUACUGCCUUCCCUACACCUACAGUCAUGCAGCCUAUCCCGGUUCCGGAAGACGAUAUCACUCGACGUGCGAUUAGUUACUUUGAUCGCACCGACAUUGUGGACGGACAUCGUAUCGGUAUUCUUUACAUUGACAAUGGCCAGACAAAGGAGGCGGAUAUUUUAGCCAACACUGGUGGUUCUGCGGAUUAUGAAAAUCUGCUGUCAGGAUUGGGAACCAAAGUGUCGCUCCGGAACCCCCAAUUCAAUCCGCAAGGAUUGUAUGCCGAUACCGAUGGUGAAUACACCUACGCUUGGCGGGAUCGUGUGACUGAAAUUGUGUAUCAUGUUGCAACUAUGAUGCCUACGGACUUUGACCGUGACCCGGCCUGCGUCAACAAGAAACGUAAUCUUGGCAAUAAUCAUGUCACCAUCGUGUUCAACCGAUCCAACUUGCCCUUCAACUUUGACACAAUCCCAUCCGAGUUCAACUCUAUCAACAUUGUCAUAACCCCGUCAUCUCGAAUUGCCUACGACGAAAAUGGCAAUGCCAAUUGUGAGACAGACCCGCAGAAGCUCUACUACAACGUGCAGGUCUUGAGCAAGCCCGGAUUCCCAGACGUCUCACCUGCUGCGGCACCAAAGGUCAUCUCCGGCAAGAACUUGGCGGCCUUUGUUCGGAUUCUUGCCCUCAAUGCGUCCGUCUUCUCACUUGUCUGGAACAAUAAAGGUGGCGAGCAUACCUCGUCCUGGACCACCCGUCUACGCGAAAUAAAGAAAGUCCGUGAGCGGGCUCUCGCAGCCCAAAGCCAAGGCUCUGAGGCCGCCGAAGUGACUUAUCCCGGUCUGCGGCGAAAUACCAAAGCCAACAUCUUCUCGGAGGAAUUACCCUCUCGUGCACCGCAAGUACAGACGGAUUUCGCUGCGGAAUGGAACGCAGCGGCAGACACGAACAUUGUCCAGAAUUUGGAUUUCUCCCGCUGGGCCCGCUAA